CAUAGAUAUAUAAGAGCAGAGGGCACGGGGUGGGCGCCUGUAUUCCUCUAUAAGACAACCACCUUCACCAUGAGAGGUCUCCGAAGCCUGCUGCUCUUCUCCCUCCUCGCCUUCACCGCUAGCACGCAGAAUGAAGAGGAUGACGAAGGGAAGGCUAAGCUAAUAGUCAAGAAUUACACCACCACCACCUGGACCUUCCUCUCCUCCUUCACCUCCACCGUGCCCUACACCUGCUACACCAGCCCGGCAGCAGGAGCGAUGGCGUGUAUGGGAAGACGCCUUCGUCGAUCCAAGGGCCUGAAGGCAUUUGAGAACAACAUGCAGGAGGAAGGCGACGUGGCCCUCUUCAGCAGUGUCGCGGCGGAGGACGAGGAGCGGGAGGAUGAGGAGAGGAAGAAGUUGUUUUUCACGCUAUGGAAGACUGCCAGCACCACCGCCACAGUCACCACUUUCUCCACCAACCGCUCCGUCACAGUCUCCGUCUCCAUCAUGUGUACUUUCCCAGGCAUGGUUAUCAAUUUCUUCUACCUCAGCAUGAGAUGGUUUGUGUAUUUGCUGGUGUACCUGGUGGCGGUGGUGGCGACGGGUGCAGCAGAGACACCAGCAGAGAAGAAACCUAAGACAAAGUUGCCCGGUAGAUUCUUUUUCAACCGAGCCCAGUCCACCACCACCUGGACCUUCCUCUCCUCCUUCACCUCCACAGUGCCCUACACCUGCUACACCACUGCCAGCACGGCCGGGGAUACAGAAACGUGCAUGGGUCGUCGUCUGCGUCGUAUUCGUAGCCUUCGAGACCAUGAUAUGAAAGUGGAGCUGUUCUCAAGUGGUCUGCUGAAGGAGGCGCAGCAGCAGGAGGAAGAGGAGGAGGAUAACAUAGGGAAGUUCUUCACGAUAUGGCGGACCGCUAGCACCACCGUCACCGUCACCACCUUCUCCACCAACCGCUCCGUCACCAUCUCUGUCUCCGCAUUUUGCACCUACGGUGGUGUUAACCUCAACUUCUGCUGAGGUGGAGGAGGAAGACAAAGAAGAGGAAGAGGACGACGAAAAGGAAGAGGAAGAGGAGGAGGAGGAGGAGGAGUAGUGUAUAGUACAUAACUGACCCUAAAUACACACACGUAAG